UGCACCUUACCCACCAUUCUCCAACUCCAACCAUGCCAGAAGGUGAAUCCAAUGUAGUGCCCAAUUACUUGCAAGAGACUGAAGUGAGCCAAGAAUGGAAGGAGGUGAUAGCCACCUUACCUAAGGAGAAAGGUUGGGUUGCAAAACAUCUCCACCAAUACCAAGGCUUUUGGCACACCACUAGGCAACUCCAAGGGGUCCUCUCAUGCCAAAAGCACUUUAAGGCCCAUGACACUGAUGUCCUCAUUGUAAGCACCCCCAAAUCAGGCACCACUUGGCUCAAGGCAUGGACCUUUGCCCUUCUCCACCGCCACAAGUACCCUAACACCCUACAAAACCACCCUUUGCUCACCCACAACCCCCACUCUCUUGUACCCUUCUUGGAACUAGACCUCUACAUCAACCACAACAACCACUCUCCCCCUAACCUAGCCUCACUCCCCUCCCCAAGGCUCUUCUCCACCCACCUCCCCUAUGUCUCCCUCCCAAACUCCAUCACACAAUCCUCUUGCAAGAUUGUGUUCCUUUGUAGGGACCCCAAAGAUGCCUUCAUCUCCCUUUGGCACUUCACAAACAAGCUCAGGCCCCAGAACAGAGGGGCCGCCUCGCUCGAGGAGGCCUUUCUCAAGUUCUGCAGAGGGGUGAGCUUGUAUGGGCCCUUCUGGGCCCAUGUGCUGGACUACUGGCACAUGAGCUUGGAAGAGCCCAACAAGAUCAAGUUCAUGAGGUUUGAGGAAAUGAAACUGAAACCUAAUUUCGUCCUCAAAGAACUCGCUGCAUUUGUAGGUUGCCCUUUUUCAAAACAAGAAGAGGAAGAUGGAGUAGUGGAUGAGAUUUUGAAACUGUGUAGCUUUGAUAACUUGAGCAACUUGCAGGUGAACAAGAACGGGAAACUCCCCUCCGGUGAACAGCACGAAGCGUUCUUCCGUCGUGGAGAGAUUGGUGACUGGAAAAACUAUCUCACCGUUGAGAUGACUCAACAACUCGACACCAUCACCGAAGAGAAACUAGGUCAACAUGGAUUGAGGUUCUAGAAUGGUUCACUUUACGUACGUUAUUAAUUUCGUUAAGCAAAUUUUAAUGGUGUUGGAGAAAUAUAAAAACAAGUUAAAGUGAAUAUAUAAACAUAGAGAGGUUAAAACUUAUUAAGACCAUUGGUUCGAAUCUUUUGGAAGUUAAUUAAAAUAUUUUUUGUUUGAUACACAUGUACAUCCAUUCUACACAUUCUACGUAGCUAUUAUAAGCUUCGGAUUUUCCUUUUUUCUGGUGCAAAAGUUGGCAUCGUGUUCGUACGUGUCUAUGAACAAUGGUCAAUCCAUACGAAAUAUUUAGUCUUAAUCUCUCUAUGUAGUCAAUUAUAUGCAUUUAAACUUGUUUUUAUAGUUUUCUAAGGGUUGUGGUGUUAUGUGUGGAAAACA